CUAAUGGGAGGAAGACGAUCUCGAUCGAGAAGGACUUGGAGGAUCAUGCCGGACUCGCGAUGGACAUCUCCGAGUGCAUCAGUGCCGGACCCAGCUGGUGCGACGUCGUCAUCCUCGUCCAGGGGGAGAAAUUCCAUUCCUGCAAGGGGACACUCGCCGCGGACGCUCCGCAGAGGGAGAUCAGACUGGAGGGCUUCACGGAGACGGGGUUCAAGCCGGUGUGGGAUUACAUCCACGGGACGAGGCUGGAGGUGGAGGGAGAGGAAGGGGCGUUGGCCGCGCUUCGAGACGCUCAUUUUCUCGGGAUCAAGCGCCUCUGCGACAAGAUGAGCAAGAUCGUGAAGGCUCUGCUCGGUACCGACAAUGCAUUUCGUAUCCUGUCGGUCGCAGACCACUGCGAGAGGAAGGAUCUCAGGGAAGCGGCAAUCGGCGUCAUCUCGGUUCGUUUCAGUCAGGUGAUCCAAACAAGGGAAUUCCUGAGCAUCUCCUUCGAGACGCUGGCGUCUUUCCUGGCGCGAGACGAGCUGGAAAUCUCGUCCGAGGAAGAAGUGUACGAGGCGACGAGGAGGUGGCUGGACGUGGAGGAGAGUCGGAGGCGGCACUUGCCGGAUCUGCUCGAGAAGAUCCGAUUGCCCGUGCUUCCGAACGCGUAUCUGAAGACGGUGGUGCUGAAGGAUCCGGUCGUUCGACGGGACUCGAAGUGCCUCGACAUUGCCUUAGAUGCGAUCGACAAUCACAUUCCGGAGCUGCGUGGUUCCGUUCCGAAAGAGAAAACACGGCCCCGUGGAACUUUACAGAAAUCAUUUGGUACUCCACGAUUUCCUAACGGUCCUCCAGUUGAAGAGAUUUCAAACGACGGAGAGGUUCCGAAGGCUCCAAAGAUACCCGAAGUGGAAAAGAUUGAGAUAUACUGCCUGGGAGAGAGAAACAAGGAGAGGAAGAUAUAUCGCAUCGACACGAGAGACUGGGACAUGAGUGAAGUCGCCGACUAUCCUCACGAUGAAGAUGGCCAAUUUUACAGAUCCUUCGCUGCCAUCGAAAGGAAGCUCUUCGUGACGGGGUGCGGCGAGACGAAGACGUUCCACGUGGAGAGAAGCGAGUGGGAGGAUGGACCGGAGCCGCCAGAGUUUGUUUCGUGGUCGGGGAGUGCAGUGGACGGGGGAUCGUUGUUCGUGUGUGGGGGAAGGGACGUAGACGGGAAGAAUCAGAGGUGGGUGACGAGUUUGGAUGUGGAAUCGGGAAAGUGGGUGUGGCUGAGCGAUAUGAGAUGGGCGAGGAAUGGUGCGGGUGCGUGCUGGCACGAUGGAUGCUUGUACGUCAUUGGAGGAUUCACGAGUGGUAGUAGGAAGUGCGAACGGUUGGAUCUCCGCACGUCGAGAUGGGAGGAGUUGGCCGAGCUCCCUCGAGAGGGGGGGAAUCCAGCGCUUGCGUUUCGGGCGGGUGAGCUCGUUGUGGCUGGCGGCGACGGGGGAGAAGGGACCGAGGUCUACGGUUACGAUGGGAGGAAGAACGAAUGGAGGGAGAUGAAGGGCAUGAUGGAACGGAGGCACAGGCAUGGGCUCGUUUCAUUGGAUGGGAAGUUGUGUGCCGUGGGUGGGUUUGGGAACUCGUCGGUGGAAGUGUUCGAUGGUGGAAAGUGGGAGAUCGUGAAGAAAUACGGUUUGAGAGAGCUAAAGGUCUGCUGCAAGCCACACAAGAAUAUCAAUAGCUUGAAGCUUGAUCUGCUGAAGGAAUGGAAUGAAUUGUCGAUUGAUCAGUUG